AGUGCCGUUGUUUAUUUUGAAACAGUUUCUGAGAGUUGAGAGUGAUUUUUUGCUUGAUUUUGUGUGUGAUUUUUUGUAUAUUUUCGUUUCAUUAAGUUUAAAUAUAUAUAUAAAUAAGUUUUCCCCGCUAGUGCGUGUAAUUUUAUCACUGCGACAAUCAGCGCACUGGAACAUCUCCGGCCCAUAGUGGCAUCAAUUAACACCUUAAUUGGUUCUUGUGAGAAUAUGGAGGCUACCUAUUGCGUAGGUACUGACGUUGAUGUAUGCCGUAUGUUCGACCAAUAUUUAUAUAAGAGAAACGAUUUGGAUUUAUCUUUAAGUAUUCCACACUCAUAUCACGCAGCUAACGGUUACAAUAUGAACGAUCAGACAUUUCAUACUCCUAGUUUUGGUGACGAAGAAUUUGACAUUCCACCAAUUAAUCCUCAUCAUCAACAACAUCAACAACAUCAACAGCAUCAACAACAUCAACAACAUAUACAACAUGAACAACAAAAUAUGCAAGCGUACCAACAGCAAACGAUAUCCAUGCAACAGAUGAACCCACCAGAGAGUAUGGGAAUGCAUGAUCCGUCCCAAGGUGGUUAUCAACAACCAUUAUAUUUAUCUGGACCACCAGAUCAUCAUCAAAUGGGUGGUGGUAUGAAUGUGAAUCAAGCGUACAAUAGUCCACCAAAUUCAUAUUCAAUGCCAAGUCCACAGCAUCAACAGAACUCUCAUUUAUUAAUGAUGCAACAACAACAAGAACAACAAAGACAGCAACAUGAGCAACAACAAAGGCAACAGCAAGAACAGCAAAGACAGCAACAGCAACAACAGCAUAAUAUGAUGAUGAGUGGACAUGGGCCACAACAACCUCAGCCACCCCAACCGCCUCCACCGCAUGCUCAAGGUGGUAUGCCACCAUAUGGACGAUCACCACAGCAUCCACAAGCUGCUGGACGUGGGAAUAGUCCUCCAGCAGCACAGCCUGGACAGGAACCAGCAACAACUAGUGAGGAUAGUGACGACAGUACUCCACAUAAUGCAAUUCAGAUGGCAAAUCUGAAACGACCGUCGCCAGAACCAGCAGACCCUGUCAAGGUCCAAAAGAAACCAAAAGUACAGAAAAAGAAAAAGAAACGUGAUCCAAAUGAACCACAAAAACCAGUAUCCGCGUAUGCAUUAUUUUUCCGUGAUACACAAGCUGCAAUAAAAGGGCAAAAUCCAAAUGCCAGUUUUGGUGAAGUAUCCAAAAUUGUUGCAUCCAUGUGGGAUGCUUUAGAUUCUGAGCACAAAAAUGUUUAUAAAAAGAAAACUGAAGCAGCCAAAAAAGAAUAUUUAAAGGCGUUAGCUGCAUAUAGAGCCAGUCUCGUAUCAAAGAGCGCUGGUGAACCAGAAAAUAUGUACGGAAAUUACGGUGGUGGUAAUUUCGGAAAUAAUCAACAAUACAGCGGUUAUUCUCCACAAAAUGCUCUACCAUCUCCACCAAUGGGUGGUGCACCAACUCCACCAGCUCAACAGCAACAAGCGCCACCACCACAACAACAACAAAAACAACCACCUCCACAACAGCAAGCACCACCCCAAUCACCCCAACAAUCCCAACAACAGCAACAACAACAACAACAACAGCAGCAGCAGCAACAACAACAACAAAUGAGUGGUCAAAUGCAAAAGCCACCACAGAUGAUGAUGAUGAAUGGGCAACAAGGACAACCACCAGUAAAUCAUCCUGGUAUGAUGGGUUCACCAAUGGGCGGACCAAUGGGUGGAGGUCAUAUGGGUGGGGGGCAUAUGCAAGGACCACCACCGCAUAUGCAACAGCCACAAUACAUGCAACAUCAACAGGUGAACCAUCCCGUACAAGUGCCAGUGCCCUCUCAUAUGCAACAUUUGAGCCCCCCUCGCAGCGCUGAACAUAUGGUACCGAGUUCACCUCCUGUUUCAGCUCCCAACGCACAACAAUCGCCACAACACGCCAUCACCUCACCAACAGGACAUGCAGCAGGCGGCACCACGCAUGUCACACACCCCUCCCAAACAUCAUCCAUACAACAACAAUCAUCACACGGUCAACAACAACCACAGUCCCAACAAUCUAACGGCGGGGGGUCUACCACCCCACAACAACAACAGUCUAUGGGGGGACACCAACCAACACAACAGCAGAGUAUUGUGGGACAACAACAACAGCAGCAGCCCACCAGUGGUGCACCCCGGCCCACCAACACCUGCAUACGGCACGGCUGCUCCAACACUGCCAUCUCCAACUCAGAGUGGCAGGACGAAUAUUGCAGCAAUGAAUGUGUCGUCAGCCACUGCAGGUACUCCUUCAUGGAUGUAUUCAGCACCUGGGUGGCAUCCAAUCAGAACCAAUCUCAAAACUUCUCCACCGUAAAAUAAAUAAAUAAAUUAAAUAAAUAAAUCUAUAUAUAUCAGCAUAAUACAAUAAUUAAUUAGACAUUUAAAGAAAAUUAAAAUAAUAAUUUAUAAGUAAAAAAAAACUUAAUAGCUCCUUUUCCAAGAUGGAGCUAUAAUGUAUAAUGAUGAGUUUUGACACACACAUAAUACAUAACCUAUUAUAUUUAAAGAAAAAACAAACAAAAGAAUAAAAG